GUAUUUUAACAGCGAUAUUUUAAUUUUGUAAUCGUCCGAAACUAUACAAAACAACACUUCUUUAAAAAAAACAAAACAUCUGCGCACUUUUUUUGUGUUGCCAUACAGUGGCGAAAUCGACACUGAAAUGUUUUUAAAAACCAGAUCCCGAAUACAACAAAUUAAAUAAGAACUGCAUUUCCCUGCUGGUUUCUCUUGAUCUUGACGGACGGGAGGGCUUUCCGUGCACGCCGCCGUACUCCGAUGAGUGCGUGCGCGCACCCGCGGCCUCCUGGCAACAGUCAGAUAGUGUACAAGGCGAGCACGGCUGCAGACAUGGCGGACGAUUUGGACGAACUGCUGGAUGAGGUCGAGAGUAAGUUUUGCAGAAAUGUUCCUGUCACAUCCGAGAUCUGCCACAGAGGAGACAAAAGCCGUCCGCCAGCUCACGCCGGAAGUAAAACUGAAGACGCAAAGGGGAAACAGAGUUGCAGAAAAGAUGCAUCCACGAGUCACGAUGACGAGGACAUUGAUGAUCUGAUUGAAGAUAUAUUUAAUGAUGAUUUUGAACCACCUAAAUUCUGUGAGGAUAAGCAUAAGGCAGCAAAGGAUGACACCAGGAGUUCAUCUUUUCUCACAAGCAGAAAGUGUUGUCCAGUCUUCCUAGGAAGCAGUGCUGUACCUCUUGGUGUAGGAACAACCACGUCGCAGAGGGCAUGUGGCCAGUUACGAUGCACCUCCUGUGAUUUCCGUGUCCUCACAUUUGAUGAUCAUGAAUGGGACCCUUCUUGUGAUUACCUGUUUUUUAGAAACAACAUGCCGGACUGCCACAGGCUGAAGGCCAAGCUGGUGAAAGCGCCGGGAGUGCGGGCCCACGCCUGCCAGUGCAGCUGGAGAUCUGUCCGCAGCCUCACUAACCUGCGGAGAGAGCCGCAGCUCAGGUGGGUCUGCGGGAAACACCACGCGUGAGCUCUGCCCUCCGUUUUGGUUGCCCUCCGUGCGUGUUUGCCUCUCUGUCAGUGGCGAGGUAUCGGAGGUAUGAUAACAGCUUCUCUGCCGUCUUGUUGUUUUAUACUGCGUCUUAUUUAUUUAUUUUUUUUGUCUGAGACGAGUUUGUCGAUGAAGUAAAACGUCACGGCGUUUGCAAAAGUCGCCACCUGAGCCGUGAAUUUUCUUGAUCCUCCCGAAAGCCAAAAAUUGGAUUUUCUGGUUAAACGAGGAAGCCAAGUCAUUUCUUGUCUUCGAGCAGCUUCAUCUUCACCUAUUUUUUUAUAGUUCAGCGAAGUGGUAAAGGUGAUCUGUGUCGGGGUUAAGGUCACAUUGUCAGUUGUCAUAAGCUUGCCGUUACUGGAUGUGUUAAAGUGACAAUUACUGACUUAUUAUGCACAAUCUACAGAAACCACCAUAUGUUUGAAAGCAGUUAAUUUUAUAAAAUGAGCAGCCUAUAGUGUUCAACUACAUUCUUUACAGCAGAAUAUUGGAGUGCUAUUAAAGCUAAAUAAAUUAAGAAGUAUUAAAGGCAUUUUAAGAACAAAGGAAGAUCAUAUUUUAACGUGGACAAUUGUAGUAGGGAAAUUACAUAAAGAAUAUAUUGCUUGUUUAAAAUACUAUGGUUUGUGUAUAUUUAUUGAUAUUUUCAGAUUCUGCAUUGUACAUUGACCUUUUCCUUUAUGAGCCUGUGUAAAACUAUAUAUUGUACUUUUUUGCAUUACCAUGGACAGAUGAUAUUAAGUUAAAAACAUUUUUUGAAUUAUUCGUUUUGAAUUAUUCACUUGAACUAUUCACUCAAUUCACUGAGAU